AUGGAAGGGCAGAGCAAAGAAUUGAUGGGUGUUUCAUCCUUUGUUUCAACGAGGCAAGAAGCCUCAAACGUGCUUCAGCAGCGUCUCCAAAUCAUCCUUCAGAACCGUCCUGAGUGGUGGGUGUACGCAAUAUUCUGGCAAGCCACCACCAGAGACAACAGCAAUUCCAAUGUGACAUUACAAUGGGGCGGUGGCUACUUCCAUGGCACGAAAGCAAAAGCCAGAGAAGAACGUGAGAGCAUUGAAUGGUUCUACACGGUGUCACAGACUCGGUCAUUUAGCUCGGGGGAUGGUGUUAUUGGUUGCGCUUUCAGCUCCGGGGUGGAUGUCUGGUUGAGUGGGGCGAUGAAUGAGUCUCAAUUAGAAAAGUGUGGUCGAGUUAGAGAAGCUCGCGAGCACGGAAUUCAAACUUCAGUUUGCGUUUCCAUAGCAAACGGUGUGGUUGAGCUUGGCUCAACAGACACGUUUAAACUCGACCACAACCUGCUGCAAAUGGUGAAAUCAGUAUUUGACCAUUUGCAGCCGAACGUGAUCGAGUUUGAUAAGGGCAAACACAAGGCAAAUAAUGGGUCUUCCUCAGACUCAUCAGAUGCUAAGGCUGAGGUUGAGGUUGAGGCAACUUUGGAAAAAAAUGCUUCAACGAUGUUUCGGCGAGGCGGUCAGUUUUCGGUGAAUCAUGUUGAGGCUGAAAGGCAGAGACGGGAGAAACUGAAUCAGAAAUUCUAUGCUCUUCGAUCUGCUGUUCCAACCGUGUCCAAGAUGGACAAAGCGUCCUUGCUUUCUGACGCAGUUUCCUACAUCAAUGAACUCAAGGCCAAGAUUAAUUGUUUAGAAAGAGGAUUAGAGAACCGUGCUGAGAGUUCUAAACAAGAAACUUCUGAGGAUGUCAAAACCGUGGCUGUUGAUGUGAAGAUUUUGGGGACAGAGGCAAUUAUUAGUGUUCAGAGCCUGAACGUGAACUACCCAAUUGCAAGGUUGAUGGAUGCUAUUAGAGAUCUCCGUUUGAAAAUUCUCCAUGCCACCAUGUCGAAUGUCAAAGAGAUGAUGCUGCAAGACGUUGUGGUUAAGGCUCCUCAUGGGAUGAAUGAAGAGGCAAUCAAAAAUGCCAUUACUCAAAGACUCUGAAAAUUCACUAUUAUGAUUUAUGAACACUUCUGUUUGAGCCGUUUGUGUCUGAUUAUUUAAUUAUCCAAAAUUGUUUUGAACACACCACACACUUCCUCUUCUAGUGAGAAAAAAAAAGUGAGAGAUAUAGUAAAUAAUGUGAUAGAAUAAAAGAAAAGAAAAUAGGAAAAGAAAAAAAAGUAAAAAUAAGAUUGUAGAGAAAAUGCGAUUUAAAUAUAUGUGAACUCUUAAUUAUCCUACUUGGUGAUUCAAAUGUCUAAAAUGUAAAGGUUCCUAUGACAAAUUACAAAAAUAUCAUUUCAUUGUUUCUUUUGACUACAAUUUUAAAGAAAUGAGUUUGAUAUGUAUUCCAAUUUCCUAUUCUUCCCCAUUGUUGUAAAUUAGUUCGUUCACUAAUAUUUGAACUCUGACCCUUCUUGCAAAUCAUUUCA